CAGGCGCGAUGGUGCAGCAGCGGGGCGCGCGGGCGAAGCGGGACGGCGGGCCGCCGCCCCCGGGGCCCGGGCCGACCGAGGAGGGGGCGCGCGAGCCCGGCUGGUGCAAGACCCCGAGCGGCCACAUCAAGAGGCCAAUGAACGCGUUCAUGGUGUGGUCGCAGCAUGAGCGGCGGAAGAUCAUGGACCAGUGGCCCGACAUGCACAACGCCGAGAUCUCCAAGCGCCUGGGCCGCCGCUGGCAGCUGCUGCAGGAUUCAGAGAAGAUCCCGUUCGUGAGGGAGGCGGAGCGGCUGCGCCUCAAGCACAUGGCGGAUUACCCGGACUACAAGUACCGGCCGCGCAAAAAGAGCAAGGGGACGCCCGCCAAGGCGCGGCCCCGCCCCCCCGGCGGUGGUAGCAGCCGGCUCAAACCCGGGCCGCAACUGCCGAGCCGCGGGGCCCGCCGGGCGGCGGGAGGGCCCUUGGGGGGCAGUGCGGCGCCGCCCGAGGACGACGAUGAGGACGACGACGAGGAGCUACUAGAGGUGCGCCUAGUCGAGACCCCAGGGCGGGAGCUGUGGCGGAUGGUCCCGGCGGGGCGGGCCGCCCGGGGACCGGCGGAGCGCGCCCAAGGGCCGUCGGUUGAGGGGGCGGCCGCCCCCGCCGCCUCCCCGACCCCAUCGGAGGACGAGGAGCUGGAGGAGGAGGAGGCGGCAGCGGUGGAGGAAGGCGAGGAGACGGUGGCGUCGGGGGAGGAGCCCCUGGGCUUUCUGUCCAGGCUGCCCCCCGUCCCCACUGGCCUGGACUGCACCGCCCUGGACCGCGACCCGGACCUGCCACCUGCCUCGGGCACGUCACACUUCGAGUUCCCGGACUACUGCACCCCCGAGGUCACCGAGAUGAUCGCAGGGGACUGGCGCCCGUCUAGCAUCGCCGACCUGGUUUUCACCUACUGAGCCCUCCGUCAGCGGGGCGCGCAUGCCCCCAAACCAGCUGUUUACAUACAGGAAUCAGGAACGUCCCUUCCUUUCCCCAACUGGAAAUUGGGAGGAAAAUCUUUCUCUGGAAAUCCAUCGAAGAGAAAAGGAUUGACCAAGAAAAUUUAGAAAUGAGAUACCUACAGUGUUUGGGAACAGGAUUCCUGCUGCUCCCACCCCCCUUCCCCUGGGGAAGCGCCCUAUUCAACUCAGGGCACCCUCCCAGCCUGGGCUCCUCCCUAAACCCACUGUCCCCUUCUUGUCACCCAAAUCCAUCCUUAAUAACUAUAGCUGCAGUAUCAGUGGGAGAAACUGAGCCACGUUGGUGCUAGGGGGUUGGAACUGAGACAGGAUAGCAGAUGGGUGGCAGGAAAGAGCCCACUUGUAAACAGCGCCUUGAGAGUGACCACCUACCGGUCAGGGGAGACAUUCUGGCCUGGAGGAGGAUGCAUUUGUGCCUCGGUUUUUCCACUUGAGAAAUGGAUAUGGCGCUGCUGUUGUAAGGAAGAUGUGUCCAGUUCAGGGUGCCUGAAACCCUGUCCGCCUGCUGUUACCCUCUCAGCCCAGCUCCCCACUGAACCCCCGCCCCUCCGGCCUCCCCACAUCCCCUCUACCCUCACUACCUGUAUCGCCGGCGUGUGUUCACCUCUGGGUGGCUCACACACUCUCAUUCACAUACACAAAUCUCAGGAACAAACGGUCCCAGAGUCCUCCAGGACCCCUGCCCAGGGUCUCUACAGGUCUCUGCCCCCACGCGUUCCCUUCGCUGACAAAGCCACCAGCUGCCUCCUUUAAGCUUGGUGCUCCGGCUCUGGGCCUUUCUUGUGCGCUCUCUCUCUCUCUCUCUCUCUCUCUCUCUCUCUCUCUCUUUUUUAAGAAAACGAAAAAAGACAAUGAAAAAACUGAGAAAAUGUCAUGUGAGUGAAGAGAUGUCACUGUCUGUGGUCUUGGAGAACUAGUCUAGUAGCUGAGGGGAAGGGUCCCUCCAUCUGGGGCACUGGCACAUGCAGCAGGACUUCCGCCAGUCUGAUGCCAGGACUGAAUAAAGUGUAUUUGCCCCGACCUUGCCCUGUGGUUCUGCAUGUCUGUGCUUUUCCUCAACCCUCCCCCCAACAGAUUGCCAGAUUCAAGUCCAUAGGACCUAGGCUAUGCAGGAAGAGCUGGCUAUCUGGGGACAAGGUACCUGGCCUGUGUGGACCUCUGUGUCCUGUCUCAGGACUCCCUGUCCUCACCGAGGGUAGCACACUCCUCCCCUGCAGAGGCCAGGCAGGUAAUAUGAAUGAGUGAACACUGGUGUGGUAACCCAGUUCAAGGGUGGCAACUGGGUACCUGUUGCCAGUUGUACCUGUGCCAGUUGUGUAGGGAUUUGGUCUGGGGUAGCCAAAUGGCCAGAUUUUUCAAGAGAAGCUGGAGACAUUGCUGCUUCUGAGUCAUCAUAAUUUCAAAAUGAAAGCUGACUCAAAUAUUUUUAAACCUCUGAGCCAAAUGAAGCAGGUAUUUGGGCAGGUUAGUUUGACCUUGCCCUAAAUGAGAAUUAAAAAGCAGGUUAGGACCACACUGCCCAAAGCCCAGCUCCUGCCCAAGCACCUGUGUGACCUUAAGCAGAUUAAGUCAUCCCAGCUCUUUUUUCUGAAUGUGUCACAUGAGGAUAAGGAGUAAACCUGCUUCCUGGGCUGAUGUGACAUGGUGCUCCUUAGAUUUCCUUCCUCCACUGUCAGUGGAGGAAGCUGAGAGUUGGGGAAGCUGAAGCCUGGGAUAUUGGUUCCAUCUGCUGGGGAAGUACUGUUCAGGCCCUGCCCCACGUCCCCGGGCCAGCCUACAGGUAGGGCACACACCACCCUGCAGUGUAGACUCACUGCAUGACCAGAAAGGAACAGAAGCCACGAUUCCUCUUUAUGAGGUCAACUCCUGUGUCAUCCUCCCCACGAGGCUGGCUGGUGUGUCUUGGAAACUGACCAGGGCUUUCCCUCUGUUUCCGUGAUAUCCCUGCCCCUAACUUGUUCACCAGAUCCAGUGAAUUCCUCUACUCAGAUAAAGCCUCUUCUCCCCACUCCAAGAGCAGAGGCUAAGUGCUUCCUUUCAGCCACUGGUUGGAAGCAAGCUGGGAAACAAUCCUAUAAGAGGUAGUGUUGAGAAGGCGAGGAAGGUGGUGCCAUAUGCUGCACAGAAGGCCCUCCUAGCAAGGGCUUAGGGUCAUGGAUGGUCAGCUCCUGGGUUGGAGAGAACACCUCACUGAGGUCACACCUGGCCCACCAGCCUGCCCUGGUGGCUGAGCCAGGCAUGGGGUGCACACCUGGCCAUUUGUACAGUUGGCAGCCAGGGCUUUGUCAGGCCUGCAGCACAGUUUGACCUCUUCCUGUGCCCAGUCUUCUUUUCACAGGUGUCCCUAAUAAACAUCUUGCACCUGCAA